CUUCGUCGUUAAAGAAGCCAUUCAGGAAGCCAUUACGUUGCGCAGUUUAGUGAAGAUAAACUUACUAUUUUUACGUAUUCUACGCACUUUUAAAAUACUUUCCUUAAGUCCCAUUCAAAUAUUAUGGCAUCGCAUGCAAAGAAGAGAAAAAUGAAUUUCUCAGAAAGGGAGGUGGAAAUCAUCGUAGAGGAGAUGGAAAAACAAAAACACAUUUUAGUGAACCACUUCAACGCUGGCGUUACUCAUAUCGCCAAAAAUAACGCCUGGAUGGAGAUUCUGAAACGCGUGAACGCGGUGACCAACUGCCAGCGCGAGCUCGCCGAGGUGAAGAAGAAGUGGUCUGAUUUGAAAACCGAGGUUCGUCGCAAAGUGGCGCAGGCUCGUGCUGCGAUAGAGGACACAGGAGAUUGCACCACGGUACCGGUUAUUCUUACUGCCAUGCAGCAGCGAAUCUGUAACCUCCUGGGAGAAGCCACUAUCAUCAGUCUGCCUGCUGGAGAAUCAGAAGAGCCGAGUGGGGAGAUUGCGGUUGCAGUGCCUAUUAGUACAACCGCCACUACCGUUACACUAACGCAGAGUAUCCAGCCGGCACCUGGUACCACCUGUGAAAUGAAAACUCUAGAAGCUGAAACUACAUAUCACACUCUGGAGGAGGGCAUGGUAGAGUACUGCACAACAGAGACACCAGUCACUGUUACAUCUGAAGCCCCUGUGGAGGUUUUGUCAGCGCAAGCUGAGUGCUCAGUAAAACCACAGGAGUUGAAAAGCCGCAUUGCACUGAACUCUGCCAAGCUGUUGCAGGAGCAGCGUGUCACCAACCUGCAUGUGCGUGAAAUCUCACAGCACUUGGAGAACCAAAAUGAUCUUCUGCAGAUGAUUCGUCGCUCACAGGAGGCACAAGCUUGUGCCCAAGAAAGACAAGCCCAAGCCCUUGAAGGAACACAAGCCACACUUCUUGCCCUUAUUCAAAUGUUCAAGCCUGCUCUAAAGGAUUUAAGAAAGUUUCUACAAAACGCUAACAACGCUAAUGUAACAGGAGCUGUUGAGACUGGUGAGGGGGUGGUGAACAUGACACAACAAGUGGAAGAUGUACAGUAGACUGCCAUGUGUUGAGAUCUUUUUUAGAGAGAUGUAUGUGUGUUGAAAUAUAGUAUUGUUUUACAGUUUACUUUUAAUGCAAGUAUACUGUAUAUCAAAGGUUCACAAAGUGGGGUCCAUGUGUUUGUUUUUGUUUUGUUUAUUUUCAUCUUUUUAAAUUUUUUUAUGGUGAUGGAAAAACAAUCCAUUGUUAUUUAAAAAUAUGUUGAGCUUCUAUAGCCUUUUGACUGGGUUUAAUUUAAACCGUAAUAACUAAAUGUUGGAAUAAUUUGUCCAUAAAAUUUAUUUUCUACAUAAUUACAAAAUUCUUUCUCUUCCACUUUCCACUUUUAUUUUUAUUUAAAACAUUCUGAACUAAGUUUGCAUGAGAAUGAGCUUCCACUAAAUCAACAGAAUCUCUGACAUUACAAUUCAAUAAACACAACAAAUUAUAAAGAA